AUGCCAUUACAGAACGCUCUGAACAACUGCAAGAGCCUUGGCGAGUCACUGUGGGACUCAAGUUCAGGAUUUGGAAAUAUUCAAAAUGAUCUAGACUACCUUGUCUUGCAAGAGAAAACUACCCUCAAUCAGAGGUAUUGGAUUGCCCCGGUCCAGGGUACCCCGUCCAGCAUAGACGCGAGCGGCCACGUGAAGAAGGCUUCUGCAAAUGAGCACUUGCCAGUGCUAUGUACACAGACCGCGCCUUACUCGACGCCUGAUAUCAAGGAUACCAAUGCUACUUGGCAGGUCACUGUCGAGUCUAACAAGCAAUACCUUACUGGCUUCCGAGAUCGGUUCAGCUUUCGCUUCCUUGGUAUUCGAUAUGCCGAGCAGCCAAAGCGAUGGGCUUACUCCAAGUCAUACGAAGGGAACGGUGAUCAUGUUUCUGCUCUCGACUAUGGUUCCCAGUGUUUACAAGGUUCGGAUGGUUCAGAAGAUUGUUUCUUCCUCAAUGUCUGGACCCCGUAUCUCCCCAAACCAAAAGCCAACGCGGGCGAUAAACUGAAACCGGUGAUGUUCUGGAUUCAUGGUGGUGCCUUCACCGGUGGUACGGGCAGUGAUGCUACAUUCGACGGAGGAAAUCUUGCUUCUCGAGGCGACGUGGUUGUAGUCACUACUAAUUACCGCCUGGGCACACUGGGUUUCCUCGCUUUGGAUGAUGGUACAACCAAGGGAAAUUACGGAUUGGCAGAUCAGAUCACCGCGCUUGACUGGGUUCGUCGCAAUAUUCAGGACUUUGGUGGUGAUCCCGACCAAAUUACCAUUUUCGGACAAUCGGCAGGCGCAGGAUCAGUCCGAGCAUUGCUGGCAUCGCCCAAAGCUAAAGGGAAAUUCGCAGCUGCGAUCAUGCAGAGCAAUCUGGGAGGUCUGGCAUAUGGAACGACGUACUCGAAGUACUACACUAUUAAGGAGGAGAUGAGCGUUGUCGGAGAUGCUAUUGUGAGGGAAGCGAAUUGCACGCACGCUACUUCACAGCUCGAGUGUUUACGGGCUCUUCCAGCAACGACUAUUUCCACGCUCAGUGAUUCAGCACGCUACCUCGUGGUGGAUGGAGAAUAUCUGCAAAGCUCUGAACUUGAUCUAAAAGACCCACGGUCUACUGCGAGGGUACCUUUGAUGCUAGGCACAACGAGAGAUGACGGGGCUGCCAUGAUUGGCUAUCCCACAGCAGGACAGACCAUCCAGCAGUUCCUGAACGUAUCUGGCCUGCCGUCAACAGUAGCCCCGAGCCAAGUAUUCCCGGUACCUUCUGGCUCUAACCUGACACUGAACGUUUUCAACACGACGGCACGACUGGCCACCGACGGAAUGUUCCGCUGCGUCGACCAAGCGACUGCCUAUGCGGGAUACAACAACAAGAUAUUCCCCGAAAUCUUCUUCUACGAGUUCAACCGUACCUACCAGAUGCCUGGAUGGUCACCUAACCCUCCUCUCUGCCAAGCACCCGUGACAGAAGACUAUCCCCACGGCGAUCCAAGCCAGGAAUACUUCAAAUGCCACUCCGGAGAACUCUACUACGUAUUUGGCAAUCUUCUACGCCAAAGCCUUCCAUUCCGAGAUGAAUUUGAUCUGCCUUUCCAGCAGUUUGUGCUAGACUCUUGGGCUAGUUUCGCGCGAACGUUCAAUCCGACGCCGGAUGUCAAGUACACAAAAGCAAGAGGAUAUGUGAAUACAACUCGACAGGUUGAAGUGGCUGGCUCGUGGACUCCUUUCAAGCACGGUAGUUAUCAGCUCCGGCGCUUGCAGUGGCCGACUUCUAUGGUGGAUUUGGACGAGAUUGAGCAGUGUCGCGCUUUGGAUUUGGCUUUGGAUUAUUACGAUUGA